CGGCCGUAGUGACAACACACGCACAAACACAGCUGACUUCGUUCAGUUGAACAUCCUUGUGGAGACUGUCGGUGGUUCUGGCGUGCAGAGCUCGUGAAAUCACUUUUAACGCGGGGGAAAUAAUCCUUUCCCCUGAUUUAUACUGACGGGAUGGACCAGAAGGACACAGAAAUGAACGUAAAGGGAGUUUCUUCCUCAACCAGCGGAGUUGUUGUCCAAGUCAGAGAAAAGAAAGGACCAUUACGUGCGGCCAUCCCGUACAUGCCUUUUCCCGUUGCGGUGAUAUGCCUCUUUCUCAACACGUUUGUGCCUGGCUUGGGCACGUUCAUCUCGGCAUUCACAGUACUGUGUGGUGCCAGGACGGACCUGCCGGACCGGCACAUGUGCUGCGUGUUCUGGCUCAACAUCGCCGCCGCCUUCAUCCAGAUCCUCACCGCCAUCGUCAUGGUGGGCUGGAUCAUGAGCAUAUUCUGGGGGAUGGACAUGGUCAUCCUGGCAAUUUCUGAAGGUUACAAGGAUCAGGGCGUCCCCCAGCAGCUCUGAGGUGAGGUGGUCGGGCCCGAGUCAAGAAUGUACAGUUUCAACCCUGAACCCACACCGGGGGCCUCUCUCACUGGUGCAGGUGGGUGGGGAAGGGGGCCAAGAGUGGAAAGUCAGGCCUAAGACAGAGGCUCGAAGCUGGGGAGGAGAUGCUAACUCAUGCCCCCCGUCACCCUGCAUCUGCAGUUUCUCUGGGGGAGAGAGGGGAGAGAAAACGACUACAUUCCUUCUCACCGUAAGAUGGAGGGACUGUCCUAGCUCUCUCACCAACACAGGCAAAAAUACCCACUUAAAACACUAAAGGAUCUUGUAUAAUGUGCCAACUGUCUUGUACUGUGCUGAAUACUUUCUAUUAUGGCUUUCUAUUAUUCUAUUACCAUGAUUUGUUAUUUUAUUAUUUCUUUUCUUAUUCUAUUAUUUUGAUAAAUAAGUAAGAUGUGUAGUGGUUUUGUUUUUCAUGAUGAUUUGUUUUGUAGUGUUGUGGGGCUCUCCCGGAUUGUAUUUUAUGAUGUGAUAUGUAAAGCCUUAUGACAUGUGAGAAUGAUUCUAAAAUCUACCGUUUAAACAGUAUUCUGCAUGGAUCAUGGGUCAUUUUAAGAUCUUACUAUCUCUUACUCUUUUACCUGCUACACUCUACCUACCAUUCAUAAAUAACCAUCUUGAGGGCUCAUUGUUUUUUUUUCAUAUCAGUGUUUAUCACUAGCAGUCAAUGUGGAAAGGGAAAAACAUCUUUGUCAUGUUCAGUGAGAUUUUACUGGGCCAGUUACCAUAGAUACUGUCCACUUUAAUCAAGUAUUGACUCAAGCUCUUGGGAUUUAAUAAUGUAAUUAGUAUGAGUUAUUUUUACUUGAUUGAAAUAAUGAAGGGGAUGGGGAGUGUUGUGAGAGGGAAAUUAGGUUUUUAGAUUGGUAAUUGAUUUAUUAAGAAAAAAUAAAUUAGCCCAUAAGAAGAUCAGAUUUGAGGUAAAUGAUUGUUGUCAAUGACAGAGUCAUUGCAUUGAUCAGAGUAGCUGAUUGGUUUGUCAGGACACCCUUCACACAGUCAGACUAUCCAAAGAGCGUCAUUAGCCACUGCAGCUACAAAGAUUGGGAAAUUCAGCCUCUGAUGUUCACUAAAAGCAUUUCAUUCAGAAUGGCCUAAUUAUUGUGGUCUACAUGCUAUCACAUUUAGCCGUUGUAAUCUUUUUUGCCAUUAAAAAUGGUAAAACAUUGUGAAGCAGUGAUCACUGAACUGGAUGAGUUCAGAUGAAAUCAAUGUGGUCGAAGUGAAGAAAAAAUGAGGUUCUUUUGAAUCCUUUUGUUGUGAUUAAAUGGGUGUAGACGGGGUUUGUGAGCUUUAAUCAUCUUAUUUCAUCACACCCAGUUGAAUACAUUGGAUGACUGCUGAACAUAAUUGACAAUUGUUGCCAAAAAGCAUACAUUAAGUGAUAACAUCAAUGUGCAGAUAAAUAAAUAGUGUCUGUGAUA